UAACCUGUAUUAUCUGUCUGAGGAUUUUGAAGAAUAUGAGUGCGUCACUUCAUGUCCAAACCAGAAAGGACUAUCUCAGACCAUCCAAAACGCUCCAGGAUCUAAAGGAGAAGCUAGGAGCGGUUUUUGUUGAUGCUAAACUCAUAGAAUGUCCACAAAACGCAUUUGAAUUAGCCAGACUUCAGAGGAGAAUAGAAGAUUUAGAAAAACAGAAAUAUCGACGUCUUGCUGAUGCCAACAGAGAACAGAGAAUUCUGUAUAAUUCUUUGUCCUCUAAAUGCGUAUCCGACAGUUCUGUGUCAACAUUUACCGACCCAGUGGUAUUAGAAAUUGUCGAUAAUAAAAUCCCUCCGCCAGGUUUCAGAUUCCAUUCAAACGGUAAUCCAAAGUCGCAGUUGCUCACCACAAAGACAGAAACAACUGGGAAUAUUUUGAAGAGUGGUGCUAACAUGCCUAAUCAAGAGUCAACGUCGGUUAUGACAUUCAAAUCAGGUACUGACCAUGUAUGUUCAACAAGCCCAACAAAAAAUUUACAAAAUGUUAAAGAUAGUUGUGACGCGUGUAGUUCUAACAGAUCCUCUCCUCGACCAGCUACACCUCACAACCAAGACGAAAACCCGCCAUCUUUAUCAGUUAUGAAACUGUCUUAUAACUCACUGGAUUACGAAUCGGAAAUAAAACAUCUCGAAAAAAUCAUUAAACAAUUGCAAAGGGACAUCGCAACAAAAAGAUCGUCAACGUCGAACUUAGAGAUUCCAAUUAAUGUCAAACAUAAUUAUCUCCGUGCCCAUUCAAGGGCAGAUGACAUUGAUGAUAAACAGAAGAUGAUGAUGUUUUACACACCAAAAGUUCGACAAAGAAACGAAUCUGCUGAACCCCAUCACGCCCAUCACUCCAAAUGUCUGGCCUGUCAGAUGAAAUUAAAACAUCCGGGUAGUGAAAUACAAUUUAAACGACGAACAGGACAACACGAUACAAAAACCAGGUGGAAGGCGCCCCCUAGAGGAACAUAUGUUUCAUCUCCCAGAAUACACACGUCUGCCCGGACUGCUUCAGCUCCUGAACUUAAGAGAUACAGUGCCAAUGCGCCUUCUGAGGUGAUAUUAAGAACGUACAAGAUAUCAGAAAUUCCGCCUAGAUCACAUAUGGACUCGAGAGAAGCUCACCUAUCACCAACAAAUAAAACCUUCCAAGGAUUUCAUUCUUAUCAUGGUUCCUCACUCCGACGAUUCUCUUCUCCUGCCCAACGAGAAUCCCAGAGACAGGCAUUCAAAUCAAGAGCAGAGUGUGAAUCAAAAGAUGUCGAUCUAAAGGUUGGAAGCUUCUUGAAGAAAUUAAAAGAUGAAAACGAUCGACAGAAACAAGCAGCCAAACAAAAAAGAUAUUAUUUUUUGAAAACUUAAUAUUAUAAAAUGAUAUACUUUAUAACAACCGAAUAAAAAACAUAAUAAUAGAG